CGUCUCUUUGCUUUCUCCAAGCCGUUGUGAAUUUACUUGUAAGCUCUCAAUCACACAACAAUGGUGGCGUCUUCGCUAUGUCUAUCAAAUUCCGCAAUUUUCUCUCUACCUAAUGUAUCUUCGCGGCCGCUACUCUCAUUCUCCCACUCUCUGAGGCCAUUCAUCUCCAAGUCGAAGCAUGUUGCCUCGAUACAACAACAACCACAGAAGAGAGAUGGGUCUCAAUUAGUGGUGAAGUCUCAGGCUCUUGAUUUCUCCGGCACUUUCUUUGAAGGUGGAUUCGGGUCGGACGAUGACCCGAUUUCUCCUUCCGGGUCGGGAGUCUCAACUGCCCUUGAGGACAAACCGGAACCUCAGUGCCCGCCUGGACUCAGGCAAUACGAAACAAUGGCGGUCUUGAGACCAGAUAUGUCUGAAGACGAGCGGCUUGGUCUUACCCAGAAAUACGAAGAGUUGCUUGUGGCAGGAGGUGGAAUGUAUGUGGAAGUGUUCAACAGAGGAGUGAUUCCAUUGGCUUACAGCAUCAGGAAGAAGAACAAAGCUGGAGAAACUAACACUUACCUGGAUGGAAUCUACCUUCUGUUCACCUACUUUACCAGACCAGAAUCGAUAACUCCGCUCGAGGCUGUUCUCACUGCGGACGAUGACAUUAUCCGAUCCUCUUCCUUCAAGAUAAAGAAGAGGAAGUACAACUGAAGAGACAAUAAAUAUUGUGUAUGUGUAAGAAAAAAAAGUCAGAUUCUUUCUUCUUCUAUUUUGUUGCUCUGGAGAACAUAAGUAAAUCGCUCUUUAUUUAGUUCUGCUUGUUUUUGUCUUUUUGGAUUUUUUGUGCAUUGCUCUGUUUUUGUUAUGUAACAGAGUGUGAGAAACUCUAAAAGCUAAGUUUGAGAAGCA